UCGAUCUACCUCUACUAUCAUGUUCACUAAGACCGUUGUCGCUCUCGCCCUUGCGGCUGUCACCUUGGCUGCUCCUUCACAGCCUUCCUACGGAUAUGCUCCCCCUGCAACCUAUGACGCCCCCGCUAAGUACGACUUUAACUACGCCGUUAAAGACGACUAUUCUGGAAACGACUUCGGUCACCAGGAGACUCGUGAUGGAUACGAUACUCAGGGAUCUUACUACGUCCUUCUUCCCGACGGUCGUCUGCAGAAAGUCGCCUACACUGUCAACGGCGACUCUGGCUACGUAGCCGAGGUCAGCUAUGAAGGUGAGGCCCAAUACCCCGAAUACAAGCCUGCUCCUGCUUACAAGCCAGCCCCUGCCUACAAGCCAGCCCCUGCCUACAAGCCUGCCCCAGCCUAUGCACCCGCUCCUACCUAUGCUUAAAUGACUAUGGAUGUAUUUAUAAUGAACAUAAUUUAUUAAAUAUAA